UAUAAAUGUAAAUGGUACUCGGCGUGGUGACCCAAACAUUGGUGGAGACGAGGCGCAGCGAGCUCCUGUUUGUGUCUCUUUUCUGUGUGUUUGUGACUUAUAAUCCAUCGACGAGUUUGUUUUAUACCUCUGCCAGCUUCCAGAGACCUGACCACAAUGGGAGACGACUGGGCCAAGGCUGCGGAGGACCAGGAAACCAAGGACUUAGUGGUGAAGGUUGAUGAUUUAAAACUUCAGAAGACUGAAGAAAAAGAAGAGCCCAAAGAUGCAGAUGCAAAGGAAGAAAGUAAACCUGAGCCUACAGAAACACCUCAAAAACCUGAAACAUCUGAAAAAUCUGAAACAUCUGAAGAAAAUGUUACUCCAGCUGAGCUUUCCAUGCUGAGGAAGGUCAUGAGGAAAGGCAUUGUUCAAACUAAAAACAAAGUUGAGAUAUUACGAGCAGACCCUAAGAAUCCACUACACAGUGUAAAGAGUUUUGAAGCUUUGGAUCUUCGUAAAGAACUUCUUCAGGGAAUUUAUGAAAUGGGAUUUAGACUCCCUUCUAAGAUUCAAGAAGUAUCCCUUCCAACACUCUUGGCUGAACCACCUAUGAACAUGAUUGCACAAUCACAAUCAGGAACGGGCAAGACAGCAGCAUUCAGCUUGGCCAUGCUAAGUCGCAUUGAUCCUAGUAAAAAAUGUACUCAGGGUCUUAUUUUGUCUCCAACAAUGGAACUGGCCUUGCAAACAGUGGAGUGUGUCAGAAUGAUGGGCAAAUACUGCACAGACAUCACCAUUCGUUCUGCUGUGAAGGGAGAUAUGGUUCCACGUGGGCAGAGAGUUACGGAGCACAUUGUUAUAGGAACACCAGGCAAGGUUGUGGAUUGGGUUGCUAAGUACCGGUGCCUUGACCUGCGAACCUGCAAAGUGUUUGUCCUGGAUGAAGCUGAUGUGAUGAUUGCCACCCAAGGCCACCAGGAUCAGUCUGUGCGAAUUCACAAGCAGCUGCCGGAAAGUUGUCAGAUGAUGUUGUUUUCAGCCACAUAUGAUGAUGAAGUUGUGAAAUUUGCACAUGCCAUCAUCACAAACCCUGUUACUCUCCGCCUACGCAGGGAAGAGGAAACCCUAGAAAACAUUAGACAGAUGUAUGUGGAGUGUAACAGUGAAGAAGAGAAAUACCAAGCCAUUAGCAACAUUUUCUCCAUCCCGGUUGGUAGUGCCAUGUUCUUUUGUCACACAAAAGCCAAUGCUGUUUGGUUGGCAAAUAGGCUAAAAGAAGAUGGAAACCAAGUUGCCCUGUUAACAGGUGACCUGACUCCUGAUGAACGAGUGCAGGUGCUUCUUCGUUUCCGAGAAGGAGCUGAGAGAGUCCUUAUUUGCACUAAUGUUCUGGCUCGAGGAAUUGAUGUGGACUCAGUCAAUCUUGUAGUCAACUAUGACCUUCCACGACUGUACGGCACCAGCAGGGCUGAUUGUGACACUUACCUCCACCGCAUUGGUCGCACUGGUCGCUUUGGCAAGACUGGCAAUGCUAUUAAUAUUGUUGAUGGCAGGGAAGAUCUUCGUCUGCUGAGGGAAAUUGAGCAGCAUUUCAAUAACAAAAUAAUUAAAUUGGACUACAGUAACAUUGAAGAAAUAGAAAAGCUUGGAGAAGACUAAUCAUCACCAAGAAACAAAGGAAUUGCAGAAAAAAAUAGCUAGUGUCCAAGCUUUAUCUCUUAUUGCAGUUGUGAAAAUGUUGCCCUAAGAACAUCCCCAUUAAGGUAUGGCAAAUGCUAAAGCAGACAAAGAUGAGGCACAAAAGCACAUGUUAUGCAAUUAUAAACUACUAUUGAAAGUGGUAAAAUUCAAAACAUACAUUUUUUUUUAUUUUACAGGUAAAGAAAAGAUUGUUGUCAAAUCUGCUUUUAAACACAAUGACCUUUAUAUUUGGUAUAUAAACUUAAAUCUUUCUUA